CAAUUUUUAAUAAAGAUGGAAGAUGGCUAUGUAUAAGAGCUUUUUAAGCUAUUUCGAGAAUCAUAAUGUGUCUAACCUCCUAAAAAACCAUUGGGUGCAUAUGAAAGGUUUACUGGAAAUUAUGAACAAGCAUGUUAAGAUAAAAAUCUAAAUCAUAAUUCUGACUUAGCAAAAAAAGAAUGGGAAAACUUAGAAAAGGAAUUAAAAGAUGGUAAGAUUAUAUUAGAUGUUAGAAUAUUAUCGAUUAUCAAAGUAAGAAGAAGAACUUUAUGAUAAAUUGCUCCGUUAAUAUCAUUCCAUAUCUAGUCUCAUUAAAAAAAAGAAAGCAGAUGGAUCUGUAUUGUUUUUUUAAGAAAAAGGAGUAGAUAAGGGAUUAACUAAUCUUUAAUAAUUAUGGGAUGAAUUAAGUGUUGAGGAAAAGUAAAUAUAUGGUUAAAGAGCAAAAUAAAAUUUUGAAGAAACUAUAAAAGUAUUCUAUAUAUUGACUUUAGGUUUAAAUAGAAGAAUAUAUAACAGAAUAUUAAAAUUAUUUAAAUCAAUAAAAUGAAAGACCGCGAGAUUUAUAAUUUGUAUAAAAAAUAGAAGAAGAAUAAGAUGAAAUAGAUUAAAUAGAUAUUAUUAUUGGUAUAAAGCGUACAAAUGGAAAAAAAGAAUAUUUGGUACGUUUUAAAGGUAAAACUGGAAAAGAUGCAAAAUGGUUUCCGAAAAAGAAAUUAAGAAAGGUGAAAGAAAUAGUUAAGGAAUUUGAAGAUACAUAUUUUAAAUAAUCAUUUUAAGAUUAUGAAUCAAGUAGUGGUUUUGAUUCAACUCCUGCUGAAGAAAUUAUUAUUUAAGAAGAUCAAUUAGAAGAUAAAUAAUAGAUUCAAUAAUAAUAAGAUAAAGAAGAAGAAAAUAAAAUAGAAGAUAUAGAAGAAGAGAAAGAAUAAGAAGAAUAGAAAGUGAAAUAAAAAGUAAAACCAAAAGCAUAAUCAUUAUAAAAAAAUUAAAUUAAAAAAUAAUAAAAAAAUGGAAACUAAUAAAAAUCUGUCACUCCUUAAAAAGUUAAAUAAAAAAUAAACACUUAAAUAGAAGAAUAACAUACAUAUUAAUCUAGAAGAAGAAGUAAUAUAAUAAACAAUAUAUUAAUUUCUACUCCAAAAAAGAAAGAUGAUUUAAUUUAAGAAUAACCGAAUAAAUAAUAAGAUAAAAUAAAAAACUAAAAAUAAUAAAAAAAUUAAACUUAAAAUGAUGAAAAACCUAAAGGUAAGUAAGCAUCACUCAACACAUCAAACAAAUCUAAGCUCGAUAUAUCUAUUAAAGUGAAUAAAGAAGUUAAAAAACAAAAAGAUAAUAUCAAGAAAGAUAAAAAUGAUAAGCCAAAAAGUUUAAGCAAAAUAUCAAAUUUAGAUUCUUUAGCAUUAUAAUCAGUUAAUAAAAGAGUUAAAUAAUAAUUAAAUGAAAUAUCACCUGUAAAAUCAAAGUUAAGAACACCUCAAUAAUCUACAGUUAAAGAAUCAAAAUCAAUCAAAUAAAAAAAUCAAUCACCUAGAUAAAUUAAUAAACAAAACAAAGUAUAAAAUAUUAAUAAAAGAUAAGGAAGAAGCAGAGAUGUUUAAAGCUUUUUAGCACCAUAAUUAUCAAUCCCUAACAAUAAUUAAAAAAAUUAAAAAUAAGAAAAUAAGGAAAAAAAAGUAUCUGCAAAAUAAAAAUAAAUAAUUUUAUAAUAAUAAAAUUAAUCUAUUAAAAGUUAAAAUUAAAAAUAACUUAGCUUAUAAAAAAUUAAUACAAAAAUUGAUAAAAAAAAUCAAGAAUCAAAAUUACCUAAAACUAGAAGUAAAAGUUCUUAAUCAAUAUAACAAAUUUCAGAUAAUGAAAAUAAAAAAUAAUAAACUAAAAUUAUAAAACGGUCUCGAACAGUGUAAGUGGAAAAAAAUAUAAAUAUUAAAGGGGAAAAAAAUAAUACUUUACAAAUUAGAAGUUCUAAAAAUAUUAUUGAGAAGAGUAAAAGUUCAAAAAAGUCAUCUCCUAAAAAUUUAUAAUAAAGUUAAUAAUUGAAAAAAGUAUAAUAACAAACAAAAUAGCAAGCAAAUAAAAUCUAAGUUGAAAAUGUAAAAUAAAACAUUAACGUUUAAAAUAAAUAUUAAAAAAAUAUUUAAAAAUCCAUUUAGAAGGAAACUUAAAUAAGAGAAACAAGAAAGAAUUCUAAAAUAAAAACUCCUAUAAAAAUCAACAAAAAAAUAUCAAAAAAAAAUAUAUAAAAAAAAUAAAAAGAGAAAAUAACUAAGACAAAGGGAAAAAAAGAAAAAAAAGAAAGUGCAAAUUUAAAGAAAUAAAAAUCCGUCGCUAAGGUUGCUCCAAUAUAAAAAAGAUAAUUGAGAAGUAAAAAAUUAUAGGAUAUCAGAAAAAGAAAGCACUGA